AUCGGCAGCAGCAGAACUCCUCGUUGCUCCCCUCGUUGGUCUGAGGGGAGGAUCACACACUGAAACUUGAUACAUGUGCCUAGCGAUGAACUAUUCUCCUCGUGAGUUUAUCCUGAUCGCUCAGUCCAUGUGUGAGAGAAUCGGCUGUGCAUGGAGAUAUCCCGCGAGCCAAUUAUUUCUGGAUUUUUUAGAGGAUAGACUGAAAGAAUUAUAUUGUUUCACAGUCCUGAUCACAUGAUGCUUGACGUACUUUAUUAUUACUUUAUUCUUAAUCUCCUUUGAGAAUAGCUCUAACCGGUUGGACUGAGGUUUUAAAGCAAUGGAUCCUGUAACGAGGUGGACACCAAAACAGGUUGUUGACUGGAUGAGAGGUCUGGAUGACACCCUAAAACAGUAUGUGCACAACUUUGAGAGAGAGAAGAUUAAUGGAGAACAGCUAUUGAAGGUCUCACAUCAGGACCUUGAGGAACUGGGCAUUGUCCGCAUUGGCCACCAGGAACUGGUUUUGGAGGCUGUAGAUCUACUCUGUGCUCUGAACUAUGGUGUGGAGACAGAUAACUUGAAGAACCUGAUGCUAAAGAUGAGAGCUGUGACCAGCAGCCUUCACACUGCAACAUCAGAACGAAGGAAGAGCCCUACAUAUGAAAGCAACAUGUCUAGCAAGCUCCCAAAUCAAUUCCUCUCCUCUGUGGUUGAACUUAUUGGAGCAGCCAAAAGUCUCCUGGCAUGGCUGGACAGAACUCCACUGACAGAGGUCAGUGAUUUUACCACCACCAAGAACAAAAUCAUUCAGUUGUGUUUGGAACUGACAACUACAGUACAACAGGACUGCACUGUCUAUGACAUGGAAGAGAAGAUUUUGGAUGUUUCAAAGGUGUUGAACAGUAUUUGUGACCAGACUGUGAGAACCACCUCUGAUCCUCUAAUGAGCCAGUCAGCAUGUCUGGAGGAAGUUCAGCUGACCAACAUCAAACCAGAAGAGGGAUUGGGCAUGUACAUAAAAUCCACCUUCGAUGGACUUCAUGUCAUCACUGGCACCACUGAACAUUCCCCAGCUGAUGUGACAUGCAAGAUCCACGCUGGAGAUGAAGUCAUCCAGGUCAACCAGCAGACAGUGGUGGGUUGGCAGCUGAAGAACCUGGUGGCCAAGCUGAGAGAGGACCCUAAAAGUGUGGUGCUUCUUUUAAAGAAAAGGCCCACAGGAACCUCAGGAUUUACCCCAGCACCUCUCAAAAACAUGCGCUGGAAAGCACCCGUGCCUCAGAGCUCCAUGUCUCCUAGUAAGAGUCAGUCAGACAAUUCUGCCAAACUCUGCAGUAGGAAGGACAAGCCAGCCAUAUUUGACCUGUACAUCCCACCACCUCCAUCAGUGCCUUACACACCACGGGAAAUAUGGAACAGCUCAUACACCAGCCUUAAUGGCAGACCUAAAGGUUCGGAGUCCCCAAACUCCUUCCUGGACCUGGAGCGCCACCGGCGCUUCACUAUUCCGGACUAUGACAAACUGUCUAUUCAACCAGUUGAGGUCAAUGUACAGAUGCGUCCUAGAGGAAGAUCCUCAUCACAAGGUAAACCACGACCUCUGUCAAUGCCUUCGGAUACAUGUUUGCACAUGGCAGACCUGUAUGCAAAGCCCUGGACACAGGGGCAGAAAGGCGAACAUCUUCUGUACAGAUACCUAAGCAACGAACGCAUACCAACUAUUGCUGAGGAGGCCCCGGGCUCCGGCUCGUCUUACAAGUUCACAGCCGGAAGACCCGCUUACAGGAUCGACUACUCGAGGAACAGCCGAUUCCUUGUCAGUGCAGAUCUACACAACAGCGCCACCAUACCUUAUCAAGAGGACAUAAUCAAAAAGACCCCCGACCGGCCCCCCGUGGAGCCCUCGCUACUGGAUCCCGACUGGACCUCCAACAACGCAUUCAUCAACAGCAGGUACAGCAAAGGUGCCAUGCGGUCCUGGUCAUUCUCUCAAGCAGCGUCCUUUCCCAUUUCCCUGGCUCCUCGUAUGGCUUCUGAUGAGUACAAUCCAGUGUCCCUCAGACUGAAGUCAAAGAAGAAUUGUAGAGGAAGUCCAAGAAUGAGCAGAAGGAGAGUUUCAGUGAAAGAUUUGGACCCAGUAGACCAUCAGGGCUGGCUUUAUAGGAAGAAAGAGGGGAAGGGAUUUCUAGGUAUUAAGUGGAAAAAGUAUUGGUUCGUGCUAAAGAGAACAUCUCUGUACUGGUACACAAAUCAAGUGGCUGAAAAAGCAGAAGGCUUUAUAAAUUUGACUGAUUUUGUAAUUGACCGGGCGAUGGAAUGUAAGAAAAAAUAUGCGAUCAAAGCUUGCCACCACAAAGUCAUGAUGUUUUACUUUGCAGCAGACAGCAAUGAGGACAUGAACUUAUGGCUGAAUAAACUUGGUCUGGCAUCUAUUCAGUAUGAACCCAUAGAGGCUCACACAGCUGAAUGCUACAGUGAAGCCAGUGAUCAAGAGGAGUCCACUGAAACGCCUCCACCGCCGUACUCUGAGCACCACACCCAAGCUGUAGCAAAUGUCAGUGGUCCAUUAGCCACAGUGCAUCAGGGAAGCAUUCCUCCUCCAUAUUCCUCUCCUGUUCCUGGUGAAGCCACUGGAACCCUCUCCUCUCCUGUCAGUACAAUGACAUCCCACAGCUCUGUCUCAUCUCUGGCUAAGCAUAGACGAUCUUGGCUAGACCUUGUCUCCCAGGCAACACCUACUGCUGGUGAAACUGUGGUCUGCUCUGCUUUGGUCCAUACAAUGAGCACUACAAUAAAGGAAACCUCACAACAUAGUGAAACCAUAGCUCCAUCUCAAGACUCCAUUGGAUGCUCAUCCAACACAUCACCUAUGGCUAUAUCCACAGAGCCAGAGGAACCAGAAACACAGCUGAUCUCAACUGACACCAGAUCUGAAAGCUAAAGAAGCAGAUCUACUGACUUUGGAGCAGGUAGUGGCUGACUCCACUCUCACUGCAAGUAAAUUCAGGGAGUGGAAAGAGACCAAUGCUGUUCUGCUGCGGGAGACUAUUCUGAGCU